AUGGAAAAGGAUAUUGCUAGUGCAUCCGCAUAUCUCAAUAACCUUCUUGCCGCACGAGGACUACUAAAGGGCGGCCACAAGAUUCCUUUCGACAACUUAGCUGAAGACGAAACGACCCCGACCCGAGUAAUAAACCUUGUUCACGACUUAGUAAGACGGCGGGAUAGAGAUGGCGAACAAAAAGAGACGCUUGCAAUAGGGAUGAAGGCUCUCAAAGAGAGCGAGAGCAAGGCGAACAGCUCUGCGGAACGUUACAAAUCCCGAUGCGAAGAACUUGAACGACGUUGUGCAACCUUCCAAGGCCAAGAGAGAGUCCUUAACGCGAAUGUUCGCUCCGCUGAGAUCACAGCUAAAACCCUCAAGGAUGAGACUGCACGCUUAAAGACCAUGGUGCAGCAGGUCCGGACACAACAUGCCAACGAAAUCCGGAAACGAGAUCAUCAGAUAUCCAAAAUGAAAGAAAGGCUUCUGGAAAAGUCUCGAGGUGGGAGAGGCAACAAGCAACCGAUUUCCUUUCCAGGCGUUACUUUAUCUGGGACUUCGUCAACCACGCAUCUCGGAGGGUCUAUCGGAAAUGAGGAUUCGGUGCCGGGAGGAACGGACGUGGCUUUAACAGACGAUACAACUGCAAUUCUUACGGCCUUGUCCCAGAACCUGGCCGAUGAGAACGAUACUUUAGUAUCAAUGAUCAAAUCAACCGUAACCACGCUAAAGGCGAUAUCAGGGAUGGAUACUGAAGUGGAUCAAGAAGCCGAACUUGAAGAGGGAGAGAGGAACGUCAUAACUAACGAUAUAUCGUAUGCCUCUCUCUCGAACAAUGUAGAUGAAGUGCUUGAACAUCUCAAGGAGAUGUUGAAUCAACCGAACUAUGUGCCAUUGGAGGACUUGGAUGCCCGUGAUCGGGAAAUCGAGAGGCUUGGGCUGCAACUUCGAGGUACACUGGAAGCUUGGAAAAACGCUAUCGCUUUAGUGGACCUUGUGAACAAGCAGCCGGACAGGGCAAAUUCGAAAAAAAUCAGAGCACUAGAGGAUGUGAUUGAGAGGGAAAGGCGUGCUGUAUUGGAGGAGCUUGAUGUCAACUUCCAGGCUAUUCCUCCUGCGGAAACGCCCCCCGAGUCUACCGGCAAUCAUGCUGAAGGCGUGGAUAUAUGGCAACUCGAAGUCGAAGAGAAGUUGAAUCAGCCGACUAAAAAGCUAACCUUCCAAGCGGAAGAAGCGGAAGAAGCGGAAGAGGUGGAAGAGGUGGAAGAGGUGGAAGAGGUGGAAGAGGUGGAAGAGGUGGAAGAGGUGGAAGAGGUGGAUGAGGCAGGUGAAAUUGUGUCGACAGAAAGCCAAGUUUACUUGAAUGAAAAAAGGAUAGCGGAUGCCGGAGAGGAAGAGUUCCUAUCUGGAAGCCAGACUUCAGGAGGGGGGGAAGAAGCAAUGGAACAGACAACGGCAAUGGAUGGGUGUACGGAGGCUUCUGUUAAUCUUGGUUCAUUUCCCAUCGAAGAUGAUAGCUCCAUGGAGGUACUGUCGCCAAUAAAGCCUUCGAUUUACACAAAGAAACGCCAAAUAGUGGACGCAAUGUCCCCAAGCCUGCACCUCACUAAGCGUACGCGAUUCAUUGAUACAUUAGAAAAGAAGAAGGGACGAAAAUAA